UACGUCACGGGUUCGUCCACAGUGCUGGGAUUUCAGACUGACCGUAGACUCGUGCAGCCACAAGAGCGAGGAGACCGCUGUGCUACGACGACAGAGACGCCGUUUCACCUUUCUUUGAUUUUUGUGUUUUCUUCUCAAGUUGAUAAGAAGAAAGGAAGGAAGAAAAGAAGGAGCGCCUCUUUUGUACAAACCAACAGCGUUCUGGUGGCAUGGUGAUUUAAAGGCGGAGGGAUAAUAGAGCUUCAUUAUGUUUGAAUAUUCAUUCAGCGGCGUUUGAGGUCGAGCUGCUACAUUGCAUGUAGCCUCAGCGGGCGGCUCUGGUGGUGAUUGCGGGAGCCUGCGUGAGGAGGCAGCCCCCCGUGCGGGACUGACUCAAGGGUGCACGGAUAACUGCACCCGGACCGCUGGAUGAGGCGGCUGAACGGGCAAGUCCGGCCAACUUUUCAUUCCCCCCCGUCCUAAUAGCAGCAGCAGCAGCAGUGCCGGAGAUGGCGAUGAGGUGGCUCUGCUUGGGAUUUAUGCUCUGCCUGGAGAUAACAUCUAACGGUGCAGACGGAGCUUCCAAACCGGAGGACCAACCCAGAACCUGCAGCCCAAAGCAGUUUGUGUGUAAGGACCAAGUGACCUGUAUCUCUAAAGGUUGGCGCUGUGAUGGAGAGAAGGACUGUCCAGAUGGCUCGGAUGAAUCGCCUGAUAUCUGCACACACAACAGACCAAACCAGUGUCCUGUCAAUGAGGACGGCUGCCUAGACCUGGAUGUGUGCAUCCAUAUGAGCAAACUGUGUGAUGGAGUCCCCGAUUGCUCUGAUGGCUGGGAUGAGGGUCCUCACUGCAGAGAAAAAGCACCAGACUGUGACUCCCAUGGGUGCCAGUUUAAAUGCGCAGUGACUCACGAUGGGCCUCGCUGCUACUGUAGACAUGGUUACGAGGUUGCUGCAGAUGGAAAGGCGUGUAAAGACUUCAAUGAGUGCGGCGUGUACGGAACGUGCAGUCAGACGUGCUCCAACACUGAUGGAAGCUACACCUGCAGCUGUGUGGAGGGAUACCUGCUGCAGCCAGACAAUCGCUCCUGCAAAGCCAAAAAUGAGCCAGUGGACCGUCUGCCUGUUCUGUUGAUCGCUAACCUCCAUGACAUCCGAUGCACCUCCCUGAGUGGAUCCACGUCCCGGUUCCCCUCCAUCCCCACCAAGCAGACGAUGGCUAUGGACUUCAUCUAUGCUGAGGAGACUGUGUGCUGGAUAGAUGUGGGCGACGCUCCUUCUUCUACGCAGCUGAAAUGCGCCAGCCUCCAAGACCUGAAGGGCUUCAGUAACAUCCGCACGAUCAACAUCACCCUCAACUUGCACCACGUGGAACAGAUGGCUAUAGACUGGCUAACCGGAAACUUCUACUUUGUGGACGACGUGGACGACCGAGUGUUUGUCUGCAACAAAAACGGUCAGAUUUGCGUGACUCUGCUGGACCAAGAUCUGUACAACCCCAAAGGCAUCGCCUUGGACCCGGCCAUGGGUAAGGUGUUCUUCACCGACUAUGGCUCCACUCCGAGGGUGGAGCGCUGUGACAUGGACGGCCAAAACCGCACAAAGCUGGUGGACACAAAGAUCGUCUUCCCCCACGGUAUCACACUGGACCUGGUGAACCGGCUGGUGUACUGGGCCGACGCCUAUCUGGACUACAUUGAGGUGGUGGACUAUGAGGGGAAGAACCGGCACACCAUCAUCCAAGGGCUGCUGAUCGAACACCUGAAUGGCCUGACUGUGUUUGAGAACUAUCUCUAUGCCACAAACUCAGAUGAAGGCAACCUAAACCCAAAGACCAGCGUGAUUCGAGUGAACCGCUUCAACAGCUCAGACUUUCAGGUGGUGACCCGGUUGGACCGGGGCUCCGCCCUUCACGUCUACCAUCAGAGACGCCAACCUCAAGUGCGCAGCCAUGCUUGUGCUUUGGAUCAGUUUGGAAAGCCUGGAGGCUGCUCUGACAUUUGUCUGCUGAGCAACAGCCACAAGACGCGCACCUGUCGCUGUAACUCUGGGUUCAGCCUCGGUAGUGAUGGUAAAUCCUGCAAGAAACCAGACCACGAGUUGUUUUUGGUUUAUGGGAAGGGCCGUCCUGGAGUCAUCAGAGGCAUGGACAUGAACGCUAAGGUUCCUGAUGAGUACAUGAUUCCCAUUGAGAACCUGAUGAACCCUCGAGCUCUGGAUUUCCAUGCUGCCAGUGAAUUCAUUUAUUUCGCUGACGCCACCAGCUACAUUAUUGGUCGGCAGAAGAUCCACGACCGAGAACGAGAGAUUAUCCUGAAGGAGGGUAUUCACACAGUAGAGGGCUUAGCUGUCGACUGGAUGGGAGGUAAUCUCUACUGGACAGAUGACGGUCCUAAGAAGACCAUCUGUGUCGCCAGGCUGGAGAAAGCUUCCCAGACCCGGAAGACCCUCAUUGAAGGAAAGAUGAGCCACCCUCGUGCCAUCGUUGUGGACCCAGGCCAUGGGUGGAUGUACUGGACCGACUGGGAGGAGGAUCCCACAGAGAGCAACAGAGGGAAGAUCAAAAAAGCCUGGAUGGAUGGGUCACAUCAUCAGGUGUUCCUGACCAGUAAAACAGUGCUGUGGCCCAACGGCUUGAGUCUGGACAUUCCUCAGGGCAUUCUGUACUGGGUCGAUGCAUACUAUGACCGCAUCGAGAUGGUUUACCUCAACACCACUGAGAGAAAGAUGGUUUACGAGGGUCAGGAGCUUAACCACGCCUUCGGCUUAUGCCAUUACAAACAAUUUCUCUUCUGGAACGAAUACCGUGGAGGUAGCAUCUUCAAACUGGACCAGACCACAAAAAAUGUGACUUUACUACGUAGCGAAAGACCCCCUAUUUUUGAGAUCAGAGUGUAUGAUGCACACCAGCAGCAAGGAACUAACGCUUGCAGGGCAAACAACGGUGGUUGUGGCAGCCUGUGCCUGGCUAUUCCCAACGGCCGGUCCUGUGCUUGUGCCGAUGAUCAAAUCUUGGAUGUGGAUAACGUCACCUGCAGAGCCAACCCCUCCUACGUGCCCCCACCACAGUGCCAGCCGGGUGAAUUCGCCUGCAAGAACAACCGCUGCAUCCAAGAGCGCUGGAAGUGCGAUGGAGACAAUGAUUGUUUGGACAACAGCGAUGAAGCCCCUGACCUCUGCCAUGAACACACCUGCCCGGCUGAACGAUUUAAAUGCCAGAAUAACCGCUGCAUCCCUCUGCGGUGGCUGUGUGAUGGCGACAAUGACUGUGGCAACGAUGAAGACGAAUCCAACACCACCUGCUCUGCUCGGACAUGCCCACCGAACCAGUACCCCUGUGCCAGCGGUCGCUGCAUCCCCCUCUCCUGGACAUGCGACCUGGACGACGACUGCGGCGAUCGCUCCGAUGAACCGGACUCGUGCGCCUAUCCGACCUGUUUCCCUCUGACCCAGUUCACGUGUGGAAACGGUCGCUGCAUCAAUAUAAACUGGCGCUGCGAUAACGACAACGACUGUGGAGACAACAGCGAUGAAGCCGGCUGCAGCCAUUCCUGCUCCAGCGUGCAGUUCAAAUGCAACAGCGGUCGCUGCAUCCCGGAGUAUUGGACCUGCGACGGCGACAACGACUGUGGGGACUACAGUGAUGAGACCCAUGCAAACUGCACCAACCAGGCUACCCGUCCUCCAGGCGGCUGCCAUGUGGACGAGUUUCAGUGUCGAGUAGACGGCCUGUGCAUUCCCAUGCGCUGGCGCUGUGACGGCGACACAGACUGCAUGGACCUCAGCGACGAGAACAACUGCGAGGGAGUCACCCACAUGUGUGACCCCACAGUCAAGUUCAGCUGCAGAGACUCUGCGCGCUGCAUCAGCAAAGCCUGGGUGUGCGACGGCGACAGUGACUGCGAGGACAAUUCCGACGAGGAGAACUGCGAAGCGUUGGUGUGCAAGUUGUCCCACCACAUGUGCGCCUCCAACGAUUCCAUCUGCCUGCCUGCGGAAAAGGUGUGCGACGGCAACGUGGAUUGUCCGGAUGGCUCUGACGAGAAGCAUUGUGAUCUGUGCACGAUGGACAACGGAGGCUGCAGUCACAACUGCAGCAUCAUUCCUGGGGAGGGCUACAUGUGCUCCUGUCCCUUGGGCAUGGAACUGGGAGCGGACAACAAGACCUGCCAGAUCCAAAGCUUUUGUGCCAAACACCUGAAAUGUAGCCAGAAGUGUGAACAGGAUAAAUUCAACGUCAAGUGCUCGUGCUAUGAGGGCUGGGAGCUGGAACCCGAUAUGGAGAGCUGCAAAAGCACCGAUCCCUUCAAGCCUUUCAUCAUCUUUUCCAACCGCCACGAGAUCAGAAGGAUUGACCUUCACAAGGGCGAGUUUACGGUACUGGUGCCAGGUUUAAGGAACACCAUCGCCUUGGACUUCCACCUCAACCAGAGCACCCUGUACUGGACUGACGUUGUAGAGGACAAGAUCUACCGAGGGAAACUGUCUGAUAAUGGAGCCCUGACCAGUUUUGAGGUGGUCAUUCAGUACGGACUGGCCACCCCGGAGGGCCUGGCUGUGGACUGGAUAGCAGGAAACAUUUACUGGGUGGAGAGCAAUCUGGACCAGAUUGAGGUUGCAAAACUGGACGGGACCAUGAGAACCACUCUGCUGGCAGGAGAAGUAGAACAUCCUCGAGCCAUCGCUCUAGAUCCUCGUGAUGGUAUUCUGUUUUGGACCGACUGGGAUGCCAGUCUGCCCAGGAUAGAAGCAGCAUCCAUGAGCGGUGAAGGCAGGCGCACCAUCCACAGGGAGACCGGCAGUGGCGGCUGGCCCAACGGGCUCACUGUGGACUACAUGGAAAGACGGAUUGUCUGGAUUGAUGCCAGGUCGGAUGCGAUCUACUCCGCCAUGUAUGACGGAUCUGGACUGAUCGAAGUGCUGCGGGGUCACGAGUAUUUGGCUCACCCCUUUGCUGUCACCAUGUAUGGAGGAGAGGUGUACUGGACCGACUGGAGGACCAACACUCUGACCAAAGCCAACAAAUGGACCGGACACAAUGUCACUGUAGUGCAGCGCACCAACACCCAGCCCUUCGAUUUGCAGGUGUAUCACCCAUCCAGACAACCCGAGGCUCCAAACCCCUGUGCCACCAGUGACGGUAAAGGACCCUGCUCCCACUUGUGUCUCAUCAACUUUAACCAGACCUUCUCCUGUGCUUGCCCCCACCUCAUGAAGCUGCAGCCAGACAAACGCACCUGCAAAGAAUCCAGGAAGUUCCUCCUUUAUGCCCGUCAGAUUGAGAUCAGAGGUGUAGACAUCGACAACCCCUACUACAACUACAUCAUCUCAUUCACCGUGCCGGACAUCGACAACGUGACGGCGGUGGAUUACGAUGCGGUGGAGCAUCGCAUUUAUUGGUCGGACGUGCGAACGCAGACCAUCAAAAGAGCUUUCAUUAACGGCACUGGGGUGGAGACUGUUGUGUCUGCAGAUCUCCCAAACGCUCACGGGUUAGCAGUAGAUUGGGUGUCGAGGAACCUCUUCUGGACCAGCUAUGAUGCCAAUAAGAAGCAGAUAAAUGUGGCUAGAUUGGACGGAUCUUUCAAGAAUGCAGUAGUUCAGGGAUUGGACAAGCCCCACUGUCUGGUGGUGCACCCCUUACUAGGGAAGCUUUAUUGGACAGAUGGUGACAACAUCAGCAUGGCUAACAUGGAUGGUAAUAACCGCACCCUGCUUUUCACCAACCAGAAAGGACCAGUGGGUUUGUCCAUUGACUAUGAAGAGGCGCAGCUGUACUGGAUCAGCUCAGGAAACCGCACCAUCAACCGCUGUCGCCUGGAUGGAUCUAAUCUGGAGAUCUUGGAAGGUGCCACAGACAAACUUACCAAAGCGACCACUCUGGCUAUUAUGGGAGACAAGCUUUGGUGGGCCGACCAGGGAACGGACCAAAUAGGAACGUGUGACAAGAAGGACGGGGGGCAGUGGAAGGUUAUGCGAAACCACACCUCCCCAAUGAUGCACAUGAAGAUCUAUGAUGAAGACGUGCAAAAAAAUGGUGUCAACCUGUGCAGCAACAACAAUGGCGACUGCUCACAGCUGUGUCUGCCCACGUCUCCAACAACCAGGGCCUGCAUGUGCACCGCUGGAUAUAGUCUCAAAUCAGGGGAGCAGUCCUGUGAGGGGAUGGGCUCUUUCCUGCUCUACUCCGUUCACGAGGGAAUUCGGGGAAUUCCUCUCGACCCGGCAGACAAAUCUGACGCUCUGGUGCCGGUGUCAGGAACCUCUCUCGCUGUCGGCAUAGACUUCCACGCUGAAAAUGACACCAUCUACUGGGUGGACAUGGGGCUGAGCACCAUCAGCAGAGCAAAGAGGGAUCAGACCUGGAGAGAGGAUGUGGUGACCAACGGCAUCGGUCGGGUGGAGGGCAUCACUGUUGACUGGAUAGCAGGAAAUAUUUACUGGACUGACCAGGGCUUUGAUGUGAUUGAAGUGGCCAGACUGAAUGGCUCAUUCCGCUAUGUAGUCAUUUCCCAGGGUUUGGACAAACCCAGAGCUAUAACUGUCCACCCAGUUAAAGGGUAUCUGUUCUGGACCGAGUGGGGUCAGUAUCCUCGCAUUGAACGUUCACGCUUGGAUGGCUCCCAAAGGUUGGUCUUGGUCAACGUGAGCAUCAGCUGGCCAAAUGGAAUCUCCAUCGAUUAUGAGGAGGGUUUGCUGUAUUGGUGUGACGCCAGAACCGACAAGAUCGAGCGGAUCAACCUGGAGACGGGAGAGAACAGGGAGCUGGUGCUGGCCAGCAACAACAUGGACAUGUUUGCCGUGUCUGUGUUUGAGGGAUACAUUUACUGGAGUGACAGGACUCAUGCCAACGGCUCCAUUAAAAGAGGAAACAAAGACAACGCGACGGAUGCCGUGCAGCUCAGGACGGGCAUCGGCGUGCAGCUGAAGGACAUCAAGGUUUUCAACAGGGAGAGACAGCAGGGUACAAAUGUCUGUAAAAACAACAACGGCGGCUGCGAACAGCUCUGUCUUUACCGCGGCAACAACGAGCGCACCUGCGCCUGCGCUCACGGCAUGCUGGCAGAAGACAACCGCAGCUGCCGGGACUACGACGGGUACCUGCUGUACUCGGAACGCACCAUACUGAAGAGCAUCCACCUGUCGGACGAGACCAACCUUAACGCGCCCAUCAAGCCGUUCGAGGACCCCGAGCACAUGAAGAACGUCAUCGCCCUCAGCUUCGACUACCACGGCGGCGGAGGGAAGGGGGCCAACCGCAUCUUCUUCAGUGACAUUCACUUCGGCAACAUCCAGCAGAUCAAUGACGACGGCACAGAUCGCAAGAUCGUGGUGGACAAUGUUGGAUCAGUUGAGGGCCUGGCGUACCACAGAGGUUGGGACACACUCUACUGGACCAGUUAUACGACCUCCACCAUCACUCGCCACACUGUGGAUCAGAGCCGCAUCGUGGCCUAUAACCGCAACACCGUCGUCACCAUGUCUGGAGAAGACCACCCCAGAGCUUUCGUGCUGGACGAGUGUCAGGAUCUCAUGUUCUGGACCAACUGGAACGAGCAGGCUCCCAGCAUCAUGAGAGCGUCUUUGAAUGGAGCCAACGUGCUCGCCAUUGUUGGCAGUAACAUAAAAACUCCCAACGGCCUGGCCAUAGACCACCGCGCGGAAAAAAUCUACUUCUCCGACGCCACUCUGGACAAAAUCGAGCGCUGCGAGUACGACGGAAGCAACCGCUACGUCCUGUUGAAGAACGAACCCGUCCAUCCGUUUGGUCUGGCUGUGUAUGGAGACUACAUCUUCUGGACUGACUGGGUGAGGAGGGCCGUCCUUCGAGCAGACAAAUACACAGGGGGAGACAUGAAAGUGCUGCGUGCCGACAUCCCCCAGCAGCCUAUGGGCAUCAUCGCACUGGCCAAUGACACCAACAGCUGUGAGUUCUCUCCUUGCCGAUCAAACAAUGGCGGCUGUCAGGACCUGUGUCUGCCCACAUCUGAUGGACGGGUCAACUGCAGUUGCCGUGGAGACAGACAGCUGCUGGAAGACAACACCUGCUCCUCUCUGAAUGUUUCCUGUGGGAGUGUUGAUGACUUUGAGUGUGGAAACGGAGACUGCAUCAACUACAGCCUAACCUGUGACGGGAUGGCCCACUGCAAGGACAAGUCUGAUGAAAAACAAUCCUACUGCGCCAAUCGCAUUUGUAAGAAGGGUUACAGGCGGUGCAUGAAUGGACGCUGUAUUGGUCACAAGUUCUGGUGUGACGGGACGGAUGACUGCGGUGACCAUUCUGAUGAACUACCCUGCAACAUGACUCUGUGUAAAGUAGGAGAGUUCCAGUGCAAAGACGGAACCUGCAUCUCCAACUACAGCCGCUGUGAUCAGGUGGUCAACUGUGAGGACGCCAGCGAUGAGAUGAACUGUCAACCUACAGAUUGCUCCCGCUUCUUCCGCCUUGGAGUUAAAAAGGCUCAGUUUAAGAGCUGCGAGAGGACCACCCUGUGCUACCUCCCCUCCUGGGUGUGCGACGGGACCAACGACUGUGGGGACUUCUCAGAUGAAAGAAAUUGUCCAGAUAAAAGAAAGCUGAAAUGUCCGGUCAACUUCUUCGCCUGUCCGAGCGGUCGCUGCAUUCCUAUGAGUUGGACGUGUGACAAAGAGAACGACUGUGAGAAUGGAGCCGACGAGACGCACUGCGACAAAUUUUGCUCAUCAAACCAGUUUGAGUGUGCAAACCACCACUGCAUUUCCCAACACUGGGUUUGUGAUGGUUCUGACGACUGCGGAGACGGUUCCGAUGAAGACCAGAAAUGCAAAACGGAGAACUGCAGCCCUGAGGCGUUCCAGUGUCCAGGAUCCUACAUGUGCGUUCCUCAGCGCUGGAAGUGUGACGGCGAUAAAGACUGUCCCGAUGGAGCUGACGAGAGCGUGAAAGCUGGCUGCAUGUACACCAACAACACAUGCGAUGCCAAGAAUGAGUUCAUGUGCCAGAACAGACAGUGCAUCCCCAAGCACUUUGUGUGCGACCAUGACAUCGACUGUUCCGACGGGUCCGAUGAAUCUCCAGAGUGUGAGUAUCCCCCGUGUGGUCCGGAGGAAUUUCGAUGUGCCAACGGUCGCUGCCUCAACCAGAAGAAGUGGGAGUGCGACGGAGAGUUCGACUGUCAGGAUAGAUCCGAUGAAGCACCAAAGAACCCUCGCUGCACAGACUCUGAGAGGAAGUGUAACGAGUCUGCCUUCAUGUGUCGGAACGGGAAGUGCCUGAACGAGACUCUGCUUUGCGAUCGCAACGACGACUGCGGGGACGGCUCUGAUGAGUUCAACUGCUUCAUUAAUGAGUGUCUCAACAGCAAGCUGAGCGGCUGCACGCAGCUCUGUGACGACCUCAAGAUCGGCUUCAAGUGCAGGUGCCACCCUGGCUUCCAGCUGAAGCGCGACGGGAAGACGUGCACGGACAUAGACGAGUGCACGACCACCUACCCCUGUUCCCAGCACUGCCUCAACACGCACGGCAGCUUCCACUGUCUGUGCGUGGACGGCUUCGAGCUCAACCCCAACGACCCCACCAUCUGCAAGUCUACGUCAGACGUGAAGCCCUACUUGAUCUUCGCCAACCGCUACUACCUGAGAAAACUCAACCUGGACGGUUCCAACUACACGCUUAUAAAGCAGGGUCUGAACAAUGCAGUGGCUCUGGACUUCCACUACGCCGAGGAGAUGAUCUACUGGACGGAUGUGACCACGCAGGGCAGCAUGAUCCGCCGCAUGCACAUGAACGGCAGCAACAUGGAGGUUUUGCACCGAACUUCCCUGAGCAAUCCUGACGGUUUGGCGGUUGACUGGGUCGGUGGGAACUUGUACUGGUGCGACAAAGGCCGGGACACCAUUGAGGUGUCCAAACUUAACGGGGCCUUCCGGACCGUGCUGGUCAACAGCGGCCUCAGGGAGCCGCGGGCCGUGGCGGUGGACGUCCGCUACGGCUACCUGUACUGGUCCGACUGGGGAGAUAACCCCCACAUCGGGAGGAUUGGGAUGGACGGUACCAACAGGAGCGUCAUCGUGAAGGAUAAAAUCACCUGGCCCAACGGAUUAACCCUGGAUUUCAUCAAUGACCGGAUCUAUUGGGCUGACGCCAGAGAGGAUUAUAUUGAGUUUGCUAGUCUGGACGGCAGCAGCAGACACACAGUUCUUAACCAGGACAUUCCUCACAUCUUUGCCAUGACGCUGUUUGAGGAGUACAUCUACUGGACCGACUGGGAGACCAAGUCCAUCAACAGAGCUCAUAAGACUCAGGGUACCAAUAAGACCACCCUGAUCUCCACCCUGCAUCGACCCAUGGACAUUCACAUCUACCAUCCCUACCGCCAGCCUCCAGUGCUCAACCAUCCAUGUCAGACAAACAACGGCGGCUGCAGUAACCUUUGCCUCCUCUCGCCUGGAGGGGGCUACAAGUGUGCCUGUCCCACCAACUUCUACCUGGCCAAUGAUCAGCGUACCUGCAUAUCCAACUGUACAGCCAGUCAGUUUGUGUGCAAAAACGACAAGUGCAUUCCUUUUUGGUGGAAAUGUGACACGGAGGACGACUGCGGGGACCGGUCUGAUGAGCCAGCAGAGUGCCCGGAAUUCAAAUGCAGACCGGGACAGUUUCAGUGCGGCACGGGCAUCUGCACCAACCCUGCCUACAUCUGUGAUGGAGACAACGACUGCCAAGACAAUUCCGACGAGGCCAACUGUGACAUCCACGUUUGCCUGCCCAGCCAGUUCAAAUGUUCCCACCCGAGCCGCUGCAUCCCAGGCAUCUUCCGCUGUAACGGCCAGGACAACUGUGGAGACGGGGAGGAUGAGAAGGACUGCCCGGAGGUGACGUGCGCCCCCACACAGUUCCAGUGUGCCAUCACCAAGCGCUGCAUCCCCCGCCUGUGGGUCUGUGACCGCGACAACGACUGCGUGGAUGGAUCUGAUGAGCCCGCCAACUGCACCCAGAUGACGUGUGGCGUGGAUGAGUUCCGAUGCAAAGACUCUGGGCGCUGCAUUCCCGCUCGCUGGAAGUGUGACGGCGAGGAUGACUGCGGAGAUGAAUCCGAUGAACCCAAAGAGGAGUGUGCUGAGCGGACAUGUGAGCCAUACCAGUUCCGCUGUAAAAACAACCGCUGUGUACCCGGCCGCUGGCAGUGUGACUAUGACAACGACUGUGGGGACAACUCUGACGAGGAGAAGUGCUCGCCUCGCCAGUGCUCGGAGAGCGAGUUCGCCUGCACUAACGGCCGCUGCAUCGCCGGCAGAUGGAAGUGUGACGGCGAUCACGACUGUGCUGAUGGAUCUGAUGAGCACGGAUGUGUUCUGAAAUGUGACAACGACCAGUUCCAGUGUAAGAACGGACACUGCAUUCCCAUUCGCUGGCGCUGUGAUGCCGAUCCCGACUGUAUGGAUGGCAGCGACGAGGAAAACUGUGACAGAGCCGUUGGGCGUCACUGCCCCCUGGAUGAGUUUCAGUGCAACAACACUCUGUGUAAGCCGCUGUCCUGGAAAUGCGACGGUGAAGACGACUGCGGAGACAACUCUGAUGAGAAUCCGGAAGUCUGCAGAAGGUUCCAGUGUCCUCCCACCAGAGUUUUCCGCUGCCAAAAUGACCGGGUCUGUCUGCAGAUUUCAAAGAGAUGUGAUGGUGUUGAUAACUGCGGAGAUAACUCGGAUGAACUGAACUGCGGUGACAAGCAAGCUCCUCCCACAUGUGAGAAGGAUGAGUUCUUGUGCUCCAAUGGGAGGUGCAUCAGCUCCACCCUACGCUGCAACUUCUUCAACGAUUGUGAGGACUAUGGUUCUGACGAGAUCAACUGCAAGACCGACACGAAGCUGAAUGACUGUCGGAACAACAGGACUCAGUGCGGAGACGGAGACGAGGCCCACUGCGUCACCAACGGCACGGACUCCUUCUGCUCCUGCAAACCGGGUUUCCAAAAGAUCGGACACCGCACGUGUGGAGAUAAGAACGAAUGUCUGGAGUUUGGAGUGUGUUCGCACAUCUGCAACAACACGAAGGGCUCCUACAAAUGCAGCUGCCACAAGACCUUCACCAAGAUCAACGACACCUGCAAGGCUGACAACACAAACAGCUCUCGGCAGGUUCUCUACAUAGCCGAUGACAAUGAGAUCCGGAGCCUGGACCCUGGGAUGCCGCACUGGCGCUACGAGCAGACCUUCCAGGGCGAUGCGAGCGUGCGCAUCGAUGCCAUGGAUCUGCACAUCAAGUCCAACCGCAUCUUCUGGACCAGCUGGCACACGCGCCAAAUCUCAUCCUGCGAGCUCCCUGGACCGUCCUCGUCCUCAGUUUCCACCAACUCUCACCGAAACCGGCGGCUGAGCGAGGGCCGAGUUACCAACCUGCAGAUUGAGGGGCUGAAGAUGCCCCGGGGCAUCGCCGUGGACUGGGUUGCAGGCAACUUGUACUGGACCGACUCUGGGCGAGAUGUCAUUGAAGUGGCUCAGCUUUCAGGCCAGUUUUACAAGACCCUCAUCUCUGGCAUGAUAGAUGAGCCUCACGCUAUUGUCCUGGACCCACAGAGGCGAACCAUGUACUGGGCAGACUGGGGAAACCACCCUAAAAUUGAGACCGCUGCCAUGGACGGCACUCUGAGACAAACUCUCAUCUUUGAAAACAUCCAAUGGCCGACAGGUUUGGCGGUGGACCACUUCAACGAGCGGCUUUAUUGGUCCGAUGCUAAGCUGUCGGUCAUCGGCAGCGUUCGCCUGGAUGGUUCUGAUCCAGUCAUCGCCGUGUCCGGCAUCAAAAACAACCUGCUCCACCCCUUCAGCAUCGACAUCUUUGAGGACUACAUAUACGGGGUCACAUAUAUGAACAACUUUGUCUUCCGGGUCAACAAGUUUGGCAAAGGCCCAAUGGAGAAUCUCACUACAGGCAUCAACCACGCCACAGAUAUAGUCCUGCAUCACCGCUACAAGCAGCCAGAGAUGCCUAAUCCAUGUGACAAGAAGAAGUGUGAGUGGCUGUGUCUGCUCAGCCCCAGUGGGCCGGUUUGCACCUGUCCCAACAACUUUGUGGCAGACAACGGUACCUGUGUGGAGCGGGUCGGCCCCACUCAGUCCCCUCUGUCUCCUCCAUCGGGACCGUGCAACGUUCACUGUCAGAAUGGCGGCACCUGCUUCCUCAAUGCCCACCAGGUGGCCAAGUGUCGCUGCCAGCCCAGCUACGCUGGAGAGCGAUGUGAGGUCAAUCAGUGCAGAGACUACUGCAGGAACGGAGGCACCUGCACUGCCUCUCACACAGGUGCUCCAACCUGCAGAUGUCCUAAAGGCUUCACUGGUCCAAACUGCAACCUGCACACCUGUCAGGACUACUGUUUGAACGGAGGCAACUGCUCCGUGAACAUGGGGAACCAGCCCACCUGCAGCUGCAGACCCGACUUCCAGGGAGACCGCUGCCAGUUCACUAAAUGUGAAGGCUUCUGCCAUAACGGUGGGACCUGCCUGCAAACUGCAAACGGAACCAAACUCUGCCAGUGCCCCAGUCAGUACAUCGGACUUCUGUGCGACCUGGACAAAUGCCAGUUCUGUGGAACCGGCAAGUGCCUGACCUCCUCUACAGGAGAAAUCUCCUGCAGGUGUGCUAAUGACCAGAUCCAGCCCAGCUGCUUCUCCUGUUUGAACUACUGCACACAUGGACAGUGCUCGGUUAACCCUCGCACUCUGCUGCCUCAGUGCAACUGUCCCAAUGAAUGGACAGGAUAUCAAUGUGAGAUUGCUGCUCCUGUGGAAUUUCCCGUCUCCAGCAUCUCAGGUAACACAUCCAUCGUCGUCCCAGUCCUCCUCCUGCUGCUGCUGGCUUUGCUUGUGGUUGGCGCCAUCUUGUGGUACAAGAGGAGAAUGCGAGGUGCAAAGGGCUUCCAGCACCACCGAAUGACAAACGGAGCCAUGAACGUGGAGAUCGGGAACCCCGCCUAUAAGAUCUAUGAGGGAGAUCCGGACGAUGAUGCUGGAGAGCUGCUGGAUUCAGACUUCACUUUGGACCCGGACAAGCCCACCAACUUCACCAACCCGGUGUACGCCACCCUGUACAUGGGCGCCCACAACAGCAGCAACUCUCUGGCCAGCACCGACGAGAAGAAGGAGCUGCUGUCCCAGGGCGACGACGACAUGAGCGACCCGCUGGCGUAGAGCUGGGCGUGGCCUGAACUCUGCCACACCGCCCCGCCUUUCCCGACCCACACGCUCCUUCAUCUUUAUGCCUUUACCUACUUAAAAGAAAAGCAACAAAAGAGGGGGAACAAAAGCAGGAACACUGUACAAAAUGUAUAAAAAUGAAGGGACUACUUUUUUAAGUGAUUGCAGUAUUAUAUUUUGUUCUUUGGAAAAACCGAAACUCUGCUGGUGAUGGAAAGAAAAAAAAAAGAAACCUUUUAUAGAAAAGUAUUCAGUUCUUUUUAAUUUUGCUCACAAGCUCACGACUUUCCUUCCUCUCGCACGCAUAAAGCCACUACCUCUGUGCAUAUGGAAAAGGUUUAGAGGAACAACAAAAGUCCAUGUUUUUUAUUUUGUCUUUGUAGAGUUUCUAGGGAACAAAUGUUACACCCUAGAGAAAGAGGGAAGAGCUGCCAAACCUUUAGUUGUUUGUAAUUGCGAGAAGUGUCGGUUCUUAACGAUGAAUUCUUCCUGGAUGCUGACUCAGCUCGGUCUCUCCGUGACGUUUGCUGCUGGAGGUCUAAAGGGAGGCUGACCGAGGAAUGCAAUGAUGUUUAACUGCACAUGUACAUACGGAGGACUCGGCAACUGCAUUCAAAUGAUUGUCUUCAACCUCCUUGCACAGACUAAAGUAAAAUAUAUAUAUAUAUAUUUCCAUAUAUAUGAACCUAUUAACAAAGUGUCUUGAUAAUAUACCCAGGAAUACAAGCAUCCGUAACAAACCAGUCUGUACUUUUUAACAUUUUUUUAAGUGGAACCGGUGAGUGGAUGAAGAUGAUUGUAAUCGAGUCCCCAUUCCAGGAUGAGAAGUCUGGGAUGGAAAAUCCGAGGCCUUGGUUUAGUUUUCUGCGACACGGAGAAGCUGCUUUCGUGUUGGGAGUGAAGGCGAGCUUCGAGGGAAACUAGUCUGUAAUCAGCAGGUUGCAUUCAAGUUUUUUUAGUUUUUCUUUGUCUUUUGAUUGUACGUGCUUUCAGGAGAGGCCAGGGAGACCGAUUGAUGGUACACAUUUCUGUGAGAGUUUGACAUUUGUCUUUAUUUUUUUUUUUUAGCUGUUUGUAAUUUAGGUUUAUUAGUGUUUCCUGGAAGGAGACCGGUCAGCUAAUGACUCUUUAUUUUUGUAAUCAUCUCCAGCCUGGGCUUUAGUCACUCUGAAUUCUGUCCCCCAUCUUUUUACUGAUCAGCCAUGCCUCAUUCAAUCAGGAGGAAAACUGACUUUCCUCUUUUUUUGUUCAUUUUUGUUUGAAAGUAAAUUUCUCUCAAAUGUUUCUUUCGGUGGCAAGAACCCACGUCUGUUUUUGUUAUGAUUCUAAUUCUUUUUGAUAUAAUUAAAUUGAUUUUUAUAGUAGACAUUUACGAUAUCUUGUCUGUCAUUUGAAGAGAUGCAAACUCAUUUCACUUUCUUUUUUGUUUUACUGCAAUACAUAUCCGAUUUACAUUAGUUAUAUGAAAAAUUAAGAAAUAAAACAAAAAAAGCUUCAGAAAUUGA